AUGGAAUCUCUCCACUCUACGUGGAUAGAGGAACAAAAUCAACGUAAAGUACCACUAAGUAGGACCAACAUACAAGAAAAAGCUUUAUCCAUAUAUGAAGAAUUAAAGUCAAAAUCCGAACAUGUUCAUAAAGACGAAACUUUUCACGCAAGUCGAGGUUGGUUUCAAAAAUUUAAAUCAAGAGCUAAACUGCACAAUGUAGCGGCCGAAGAUUUUAAAAGUGUUCUCAAGAACAUUAUUACACAAGGCGGGUAUUCUACUAAACAAGUUUUCAAUGUAGACGAAACUGGUCUCUACUGGAAAAGACUACUAAAGAGAACUUACAUUUCACAACAAGAAAAACAUGCACCCGGCUUUAAGGCAAAUAAAGACCGAAUAACUCUUCUUCUCGGGGCUAAUGCAGCAGGUGACCACCGACUCAAGCCUUUGUUAAUUAAUACUAUUCAAAAUCCAACGGCAAUGAAGAAUCAUCAAAGAAAUUCAUUACCAGUUCAUUGGAGAUGGAACAAAAAAGGAUCGAUGACAGCAAUUCUGUUCCGAGAGUGGGUAAGCGAUAUUGCUGUGCCCGAACUUAAAAACUAUUGCUUGAAAGAAAAUUUUAAUUCUACUAAACAACGCUCCCGCCAUCCUCCUGAUCUAGACGUAAUCUGUGAAAACAUAAAAUUUAUUUUUCUCCCGCCUAACACAACGGCUCUUAUACAGCCCAUGGAUCAAGGUGCCAUUUCUAAUUUUAAAGCUUAUUAUCUACGUAGGACGUUCAAACAACUUUUUCACCAUCUCAAUGAUGAAAUCUCAAUCAAAGUAGUAUUGAAGCAGAUUAAUAUUUUAAAAGCAGUCGAAAAUGUUGGAGAAUCUUGGAUAGAAGUCAAACAAAGUUGUUUAAAAGGGGUUUGGAGAAAACUGUGGCCAGAAUCUACUGAAGAUGCCGAAGGAGCAGACACUGAUAACCUCGAAGGGAUUGUCAAUGAUUUGGUUCAAUACGCAGAAGAGGUACAUUUUGAAGGGAUGGAGGUAAACGACAUUGAAGACAUAAUUUUAAAUCAAGAUGAAGAAGAAAUUACAUGCGAUGAGUUACUACAAAAUUUUACUGCUGCAACUGAAGAAGCCACUGAGAAUUCAGACACAGAAGACAUUACAGAAAUUACAAAUCAAAAAUUAGCAGAAGCGUGUUCAUUAAUCGACAAAGCUGUCGAGAUUUUUAUUAACCACGAUAAGGACGAAAAUCGAAGCAGAACUGUAAUGAAUGCUGUCGCCAAAGAUGUUCAGUGCUACAAGGACCUAUACACUACACGUAAAAUGAAUGCAAGACAGCAAACUUUGGAUGAUUUUUUAAAAACGUAA